AAUCGAGGCCUUUUCUUGCUCCUUAAGUGUUUUUCCUAUUUUUCAAAUAUAAUCGCAUCUAGGCGAGCCGUUCGUUCUUGUGCUACCGCCAUGGGGAGGUCUGUAUCAUUGGCAAAAACAGGCAGUCAAGUUGAAAUGGUCUGUGUUCUUCGACGUGCGAAGUAUGAGCGAAUUCGUGCCCGUCAUGGAGUUUGAGGAUUUUCUGGAAGAAAAUGGGAAGAUCGUUGACCAAGUUGUCUACUUGCAACCGUACAAGGAAGGAUGGACCAAAGAAUAUGUGCUCAAAUAUGAUCACAGGGAAUGUAUAGAUGGCUCACGUUUUUACAAAAAUGAAAACGAUGUUUGGCGGGGAUGGUUCUUUUCAUUCAAUGAAGUGAGAGCUAAGAAUUUUGAAUGCUUGUCCGUGCAAGGAGAUUCUGAUAUUUUGAAAAAGAUCAUCAUGAAUGAAUAUUCUGGCAAGUAA